ACGAUCAGUGACUCGGUAUUUUAUUUUGAACGCAUGCGCAUUACUGGUUCUUCCUUUCUGCUAGCUUCUCAGCCAUGGCGCCUAUUCAGAAGAAGCAGAACACCGGCAAAGGUGGGAAGAAGAAGAAGCAGGUGCUGAAGUUCACUCUGGACUGCACCCAUCCUGUUGAAGAUGGCAUCAUGGACGCUGCUAACUUUGAGCAGUUCCUGCAGGAGCGCAUCAAGGUGAACGGGAAAGCCGGCAACCUGGGCGGGGGCGUGGUGUCCAUCGAGAGGAGCAAGAGCAAGAUCACAGUUUCCUCUGAGGUCCCUUUCUCUAAGAGGUACCUGAAGUAUCUGACCAAGAAGUACCUGAAGAAGAACAAUCUUCGUGACUGGCUGCGCGUUGUCGCUAACACCAAGGAGAGCUACGAGCUCCGCUACUUCCAGAUCAAUCAGGAUGAAGAGGAGGAGGAAGAUGAAGAUUAAAUUGGCGUUUUGUAGGUUUAAAUAAAUUUUGUUUACAGUACAAAA